AUGAAAUCUUCAUUUAUUCAUUUGAAUGAUUUACCUGAUGAAAUUCUUAUUUAUAUAUUAAAAAAACUGAACAAUGUUGAAGUUCUUUAUUCUUUAAUAGGUGUUAAUGAUCGACUUAAUAAAAUUGCAAACAAUUCGAUUUUUACAAAUCAUUUAACAUUAAUGAAAUAUUUAUCCAAUGAUUCAAUCUAUCCAUUAGCUAAUUCAACACUUGAUCGUUUAUGUUCAAAAAUUUUACCUUUGAUUCAUAACAAAAUUGAAUGGCUUAAUAUUGAACCAUCAUCUAUAAAACGUAUUCUUCUUGUUACGAAUUAUCCAAAUUUUCAUGAAAUUGGUUUAUAUAAUACUAACAUGAAAAAAUUUCUAUCUAUCUUUACUGGUAAGACACUUCAAUUGUGUUAG